GAGUGUGCAGUCACCUCCUGGACCUAGAGUGAGAAAGAAAAGCAAGAAACGGCGAGAGGGAGGUGGAGAGAGGAAGCAACAGCAAAGCAAGGACUUUUGCAACUCUACUUCUCUUCUCUCUAGACAGACAGAGGAGAGGAGAGGAGAGGAGAGAGAGGGGACUUGGUCCAGAACACCACCCCAACGACCCCCCUCCUCUCCCGUGUUUUCUCCUACUUCUCCUCCCGGACGGAGGCUUCUCCUCUCUCGCCCUGCUUGAUUGGAGCUGCCCCUCACUCCCUCUGUCUCCCUGCGCGCGCACGGGAUUCCACCAUUGGCAAAAAGAUCAAGGCGGCGGCAGUGGCGGCGGCGAGUAGAGGUUCCACCAUUAGAUAGUUCGUCUCAAGGAGAAGAAUUCUUACAUGAUCCCUGCAAACAGGAGGGGAACACAGCCUAGGGCUGGGAUGGAGUACUUUGAUGCUAGGCGUAAACCACAUAAUAUUGGGAAAGUCAUUGUGGCCCUGCUCUUCAUAGCACUCUGUAUAUUUGUUCUGAAGCAAUCUCCUGGUUUUGGUGGCAAUAGUGUGUUUUCUCGUCAUGAACCUGGGGUUACCCAUGUCUUAGUGACAGGAGGAGCUGGCUAUAUUGGUUCACAUGCCUCAUUACGGCUAUUAAAAGACAACUAUCGAGUUACCAUUGUGGACAAUCUUUCUAGAGGAAAUAAAGGAGCAGUAAAGGUUCUCCAAGAAUUGUUUCCGGAGCCUGGGAGACUUCAAUUCAUCUAUGCAGAUCUUGGGGAUCAAAAAUCUGUCAACAAGAUAUUUUCUGAAAAUGCAUUUGAUGCUGUGAUGCACUUUGCGGCUGUUGCCUAUGUGGGUGAGAGUACAAUGGAACCCCUUAGGUAUUAUCACAAUAUUACAUCAAACACCUUACUGAUUUUGGAGGCUAUGGCUUCUCAUGGAGUCAAGACACUUAUUUACUCUAGUACCUGUGCAACUUAUGGAGAACCAGAGAAGAUGCCUAUAAUAGAAACCACACCUCAGUUGCCAAUUAACCCCUAUGGAAAAGCCAAGAAAAUGGCAGAGGACAUCAUACUAGAUUUCUCAAAGAGAACAGAUAUGGCUGUCAUGAUUUUAAGAUAUUUCAAUGUCAUUGGAUCAGACCCGGAGGGAAGAUUAGGUGAGGCUCCUAGGCCUGAGCUACGAGAGCAUGGAAGAAUAUCUGGAGCAUGCUUUGAUGCAGCACUAGGAGUCAUUUCAGGAUUGAAGGUUAAAGGGAUAGAUUAUCCUACAGCUGAUGGAACCUGCAUAAGAGACUACAUUGAUGUCACAGAUCUAGUAGAUGCUCAUGUGAAAGCACUCAACAAGGCAGAGCCUAGUAGAGUUGGCAUUUAUAAUGUUGGCACUGGAAGAGGCCGUUCCGUUAAGGAGUUUGUCGAUGCCUGCAAGCAGGCAACUGGGGUUGACAUCAAAAUUGAGUACCUCAGCAGGAGGCCAGGAGACUAUGCUGAAGUAUUCAGUGACCCUACCAAGAUCAACAGUGAGCUCAACUGGACUGCUCAACACACCGAUCUGAAGGAAAGCCUGUCUGUCGCAUGGAGGUGGCAAAAGUCGCAUCCGCGUGGCUAUGGGGCAAAUUAGAUAUAGCUCGCAAUCAAUAACUCCGCUGAAACCGUUAAUACAUGUUGAUUCUGUAGUUAGUGGUAUAGGAUCUUGGUGCUCUAUACUCCUUGCCAAGUCGCUUCGUUCUUAAUCUGUUUUUUUUUUUUUUUUUCUGUUUUCAAAAGGUUUGUUUUUUGCUAGUGGAAAUAUAAGCGAUUCGGAUAUGCUGGAAAUCCUGUAAGCAUUCCUGUAAGAGCAAAUUGCUUGAUUGAAAGAACUGUAAAGUACAUUUCUUGUGCCAUUCAAAUCUGAUGGUUGUCAACGGAAGCCGGCUGUGAAA